CAACGACAAUUAGAGUGAGGCCUGACGAUUAACAGACGAAAUCUUCACGCUUUUUAGAAAAGCGACACUGUCGCAAGUUAAAGGCGUCCAUCCGCCAAAGCGUCUGUUUAGUCCAACAAACACGUCGCGAUGGGAACGACCUCCUCCACCAUCACUUCUCCUUCGAGACAAUACUAAAAACCCCAUCAAAAUGUGCUUCGCAUUGAAUCUCCUAAUUUUCAUCCUUUUAUCGCCAACAAAUUUCAUUCUGCAAGCAAAGAACCUUGAAGAAAUUCAAAAUCCUCCCAAUGAUGAAGAGAAGUCAGCGGUGAAGUUCUUCGAGGAAUCAAACGAAGAUCAAUUUUCCUUGGUGUCUACUACGACUACAGAGUCCACGACCACCAUAGAAACUUACAGCAAGCUAACCUUCGCCAUCGCUGACGAUAACAACGAUUCCAGAGAAUUCAAACCGAGUAUUCAUCUUGGAGAGAUCAAGGAGUCCAGGAUCAGCAGUCCUUUCAACAAUGUACAUCACAUCAGGUUUGAGAACGAGGUUGAUCCAGUUUCCUAUCAUCAAUUGAACAAUCUUGGGGUGGUCUAUCAACCUGCACUUCAGGCUGAUCAUCAGGAAGCUCUUCAAGGUUAUCCAGAAAAUGUUGGAUCUAUGGAUGAGGAUAGAAGAGAAGGAAUACAGCAGAAUGUCUAUGUAAAGUUCCAGGAUCAGUCAGUGGAUGUGCCUAAGGAUUAUUAUGGAGAGUUGCUGAAGAAUCAGGGUCAUCAUCAUCAAUCGACUGGGAAUGUAGGAGCACAGUAUGAUUUGAUAGAUCCACAAGCCUUUCAGAACCUGGAGAAGCCAGUUAAUGAGCAAAAUGUGAAGAAUUAUUUGGGGAAACCAUCCAAGUUUCAGAGUGGCCCACAGAAACAGGAGUUUGAAGGAUUUUCUAAUAGUGAUCCUUCAAGGAAUCAAUAUUAUCCCGGAUAUUAUGAUCAACAAGCUUAUCAACAGAAUGUUCAUGAUUUGGAUGCAUUCAAGAGGCCACAUGAUGGAGCUGUUUAUGUUCAAGAGUCAUCUUUCACCAGGACGAAGAAGUUUCCUUAUCCUUUUCACCAGCCACCUGUUGGAUAUCAUCAGGUCGAGAUGGUUAAUGAUCAUCGCACGAGUUAUCCUGUUAGAGAGAGAGUUUCACCAUGGAAAAAAAUCCUUCACCUAAUCGGCGCGUUUCUACCUAUUGGCUUAUUGGUUGCUGCAUUGACUCCAAACAUUGUAAAAGUGAACAACACGACGGAUCCUAAUAUCGUUUUAUCCAAGUGGAGAGUAGCUGACUUGCCUGCGGAACAUAAACAGGCUCGAAUCAGUGAGUCAUCGAUCAUUUGCGAAGAGAGAUCAAUAUGCGAGGUGAUCCUAACUGGUGGAGAAGCUGGAUCAAACGCUUUGCAGAAUAUUCUUUGGAACUUGGCAACAAGAACAACGAGAAAAAUUGCAGAGGAAUGUGGUCUUCAAGAAAUUUUCGAGGCAGUGAAGAAAAAGGAUUGCACAAUCAUAAUUUGUUAA